AUGGGACUGAAGAGCGUGAUGGAAGCUCCUGAGGUUCCGAAAACUAAUAGGCCCCAAAACCGCCGCAAGGUGAAAACAGGCUGUCUGACUUGCAAAAAACGUCGAGUAAAAUGUGAUGAGGCAAGACCUUCUUGUGAAAGAUGUCUCUCAACGGGUCGUGUGUGUGACGGCUACGGAAUCUGGGAUAGUGUUAGCAAAGCCCCCAUUCAGGAGAUUUCUGGAAAACCCUGCAGCAUCGGAUUUGAAUACUUUCGCAAGUAUACUGUCAACAAAUUGCCCGGGGUCUUUGAAUCCGGUUUCUGGAAUUCGCUGGUAUUCCAAGCUUGCGUUGAAGACCCUGCUGUUCUCCAUGCGGCAACUGCUCUUGGUGCAGCGCAUAAGAAUGAGGAGGCAAUCUCUUUGGUGGAGUAUAACCAAGCAAUACAACACCUUCGUCGACAUCUCAAUCGUCUCGACAAUGACGCACUCCGCGUGUCACUGAUAACAUGCAUGAUCUUCGCCUGUCUUGAAUUACUGAGGGGAGGCUUCAAAACCGGGCACGCGCACUUGACCAAUGGUAUGCAGCUCCUUCGAGAAAUCCAAACACGUCAGGGCAUCACAUCGUUGGAUGGUCCUAUUGUUUUGCGGACGCAUCCUCAGUCUGUCGAGGACGCGUUGGUCGAAGUGUUUUCUCGACUCAACAUCCAGGCAAUGCUUUUCGGACAAGUAUCAAACCAUCACAUUUUUGUUAGUGAACGCGCGCCAGACGGACCGAAAUACAAUAUUCCCUCAAGUUUUCAGAACCAUACUGAAGCUCGAAAACAUCUUGAUUCUCUCAUCAACGGCGUCUAUAAUCUAACCCAGCAGGGCAGAAAUAUCCUUCACAAUCAGAAGCAGGUCUCAGAACACCAGAGAGGAUUACUUGCGGAUCUUACCCCGCGGAAAAUGUAUCGUACACCACUUCUGCGUCUAUAUCAUACAAUGGCCACAAUCAUGGCCGCAACCUCUUUGCGUGGCACCGAUGAGAUGAUCUUUGAUUCGUAUAACUCAAAUUUCGAAGCCCUUCUUAGACAAGCCACCGAGCUAUGGGACGUGAUGCACAACGCGUACCUAGCAUUCAAAAAGCUUACCGGAUAUGUAAUGCCUGCGAUUUGCUUCACGGCAGACAUGGGGUUCAUUCCACCGUUAUAUUUCACAGUUAUCAAGUGUCGUCAGCCCAACUUGCGGCGAAUGGCUAUCGAAAUUCUCAUGUCAGCUCCUCAUCGAGAAGGAGCCUGGAGCGGCCCUCUUGUAGCUCGUAUGGCAGAACACAUUAUGGCUAGAGAAGAAGAGGGUAUAUAUGAGGAUCUUGAUAUCAUGCCGACCUGUCAGCCAGGGAGUGCGCUGCCUGUUGUACCUCACUCAUCACGGUUUAACGAUAUUAAAGUUUCUCUGCCUGAGCGUGUCGGCGGUAAAGCAGUUUUAUUUUGUAGUCGAUAUCUGGGGGGAGGGGAGUGGAUCGCAGACAAUCAAGAGUUUGCCGUCUCAUUGGAAGAUAGCGUUAGUUCUCGCAUCUGGGACUCUGAUGCUACCGCAUAUUUUGCCAGAUUAUGGAAUGGACAAAUUUGA